AUGGCGUUUCGUUCGAAUGAUGGAUUGAAUUUGUCACUGAAAGGAAAUUCUGUUCAACCACCUGGAAAUGCAUCAUCACGUCCAUAUAGUGCACGAAGUAAUUCUCAAACGAGACAACCAACUACAUCUGCAAGAACAGGUAGCGCAAGAGAUCAUCGAACAAAUACAAAUAUAAACAGUAGUGCUCGACAAAGACGAAAUAGCAAUAGUGGUCCACGACCUGCUUGGCUUAAAUCACCAACACCAGAUGUUAAACAAUCUACAUCAGCUGCUUCGAACGGAUUUCGUAUAACAAAUUCGCAACAUGAUGAUGUUGAUGCAUUUUUUACCGAUCGACAACAACAUCAUGAACAUUCAUCAAAUAAAAGAGGUGACGACGAAGAAUGGGAUGAUACACGUCGUUGGGUUGAUGAACUUAAUUUAAAUACUUCAUUUUCUCCUCAUCAACAAAGUCGUGGUGUUGGUCCCAUAGACAUGUCGCGUGAUAGCAUGAAUGGUGGAACAAUGGCAAGUACUCAUCUUCUGCAAUUCGGUAAUAAUCGACGUGGACAACAGAUGCCAGCUUCACAAAUAGCUGGUAUUGCACAAUCGACACCGAUGGAAGCUGAUUUACGAGCUAAAACAGCUUCAAUAACUAUUCAACGUUGGUAUCGAAAAGUUCAAAUGAGGCGUAAAAUGGCUGAAGCUGCAUUGAAAAGAGUCCUCGAACAAAAGAAAAUUGAACAUCAAGCAUCCAUGGAACGUGCGAAAGAAUUAGAAAAAUUGUCUAUACUUGAACAGAAAAAAAAUCGAGAAGAUAAACACCGUCAAACACGAUUGACGGCUAUUAAAGAAGCACAACAACGAAGAAAACAAUUGUAUGAAAAUCAACAGAAAAUCGAUGAACAUCGCCCAUCGACACCCAACCAACGACCAUCAUCUGCUAGACAUCGAACAAAUCCGAGUUCAUCAAUACUUCCACCUUCUUCACCACAUGUUGAUGAAAAAAUGAUGUCUCCUAAUUCAACAACAUCAUCAUCAUCAAAAGUAACAUUAACUGAUGUUUAUGAAACAUUAAGAAAAUUAGAAGAAGUCGAACAAUUUCCUAUUCAAACUAUGAUUGAAAAUGAUUCAGCUUAUUCAAUCGAUCCAACAACAAAUUCAACUGUUGUCGAUGAACCACCACCACCUCAAGCUCCGAAUCGAGUGAAUUCAAUAUUAUCCUAUUUAGAUGAAGCUAACCGAAAUGAAGUGACUCUUGAAAGUGUUCGAUCACAAAAAUUGACUAAUCGUGAAACAUCAGCACCUACGACGGUCCGUUUUGCAACUCCGCCUCAAUCAAGUCGACAACAACAACAACCGAAAAAAUUAGCACAAUCUGUUUCAGUACCUCAAAAUCGAGCAUCACCAUCGAUUGAUCAACAAACAAAACAGGGAAAUAAAGUCACAGCACCACAUAAAUCUUUAAUGGUUCCUGCUCAACCGAUAAAAUUAACAGAAGAAGAUGAUGAAGAUGAUGAUGAACGUGAAGCAACCCUCACAGCUCAAGGCGUUACAGACACAGUUCUACAAUUAAGAAUGGAUAAUGAAGAUAAACAACGACAAACGAUUAUUCUUCAACAGCGAUUAAACCAGCAACGUGAAUUAAAUAUUCGUCAUGCAAAAGAAUCUGAAAGAGAAUUAGAACAUCGUUUACAAUUACAAAAAGAUGAUUACGAAGCUACUAUACAACGGCAUUUAUCAUUUAUUGAUCAGUUGAUCGACGAUAAAAAGAAAUUAUCCGAACGUUGUGAACGUCUUGUUGCCGAAUUAAAAACUAUUGAUAAAAAAUCAGGUGAUCGUAUAAAAAACAUGGAAGAAUCUCAUCGAAUAGAAUUACAAAAAUUGAAAGAUGUUCAUGAAGCUGCUGAAAAAUUACGACGUGAACGGUGGAUUGAAGAAAAAACGAAAAAAAUUAAAGAAUUAACAGUUCGCGGUUUAGAACCUGAAAUACAAAAAUUAAUCGGCAAACAUAAAACUGAAUUAGCGAAAAUGAAAACUGUUCAUGAAGCUGAAUUAUUAGCAGCCGAUGAACGUGCUGCACAACGUUAUGUUCGUUUGACAGAAGAUUUACGUGAUCAAUUGGAACGUGAAAAAGAAUCGGCUAUUGCUCGUGAACGAGAUUCAGCUCGAGACAAAUAUGAAAAGGCUAUACGAGACGAAGAGAAAUCUUUUGCUGAGCAACGUCGUCGACUUUACGCAGAAAUUGAAGAUGAAAAAAAUCGACAAGCUGAAUUAUCUGGAAAACAACGUGCUGAUCUUGAUAAACUUCGACGUGAUAUUGAAGAUAAUCAUCGAACAGCUGUUGAUGCUGCUAAACGCGAAUAUGAAGCCGUACGAUUAGAGCAAGAACGACGACAUACGAAUGAAAUAAAUGAAUUGAAAGAGAAACUAUUGCUAGAGAAACAAAGUUGGGAAGAAAAUUAUAUGAAAAAACAAGAAACAUCUUUAGCUGGCAAAGAACGAGAAUUACGAGAACAUAUGAAACGUGAACGUGAUAAGGAGAUUGAAAAGAUCAUCUCCCAAUUUGAAUCAGAUACAAGUUUAACCAAAGAAGAGGCUGAACGUACAGCAGAAAAUCGUGUCAAACGUAUUCGAGAUAAAUAUGAAGCAGAAUUUCGUGAACUUGAACAUUCCGAAAGACAAACAAAAGAUAGAUAUAAUCAAAUGAAAGCACAAAUGACAGAAGUUGAAGGCGAAAAUGAACGAUUACAAGUUAUACUCAGACAAAAAGAAACAGAAGUCACCGAUAUCAAAAAGAUUACGGAGACAUUACAAAAGGAACGCGAACGUUUAUCGGAUAUAAUUCGACAAGAAUUUGCUGAUCGACUUGUAUUAACUGAAGAAGAAAAUCGGCGUAUCAAAGGUGAUAUGGCAGAAUUACGUGCUCGACAACAAAUAGAAUCAGAUAAGAAAAAAGAAGAAAUUGAACUAUUACAACGAGAAAAAGAAAAAGAAUUGGAAACUGUGCAUGAAAAAAUCAAACAAGCUAUUAGUAAAAAGGAUGAGCAAGUACAAGCACUGCGUGGCCAAUUUGAAGCUGCUGUCAAACGAGCUGAUCAUCUUGAAGGUUUAUUAGCACAACAAAGGAAAUUAAUUGCUGCGCCACCUUCAAACGGCACUAGUGCACAAAAGAAAGCACUACCAUCUUGA